GUUAAAUACAUCAAAUAAAGUAAAUCUUUAAAUAUAAGAAUAAUGGCCAAAUAUAUAAUUUUUCCCAGUGGUCCUUUCAGGUUUAAUUUCUCAGGCAUUUUGAGACAGCAAUUUUUAAGAGACUUCUAGUUAGAUCGGUGAAGAGUCAACAACUUUGUUUAGCUUGAAGAAUGGCUGGAUUUCAGGGAGUCUCUGCAUUGUGUGAAAAUUCAAACGAGGUGUUUCUGGAUGUCUCAAAAUUAUUGUUAACUUAUGCGGAUAACAUUCUAAGGAACCCAAAUGAAGAGAAAUACAGAUCCAUCCGUAUAGGCAACCCGACCUUCUCCACCAAACUUCUGCCUAUAAAAGGAGCAGUCGAAUGCCUCUUUGAAAUGGGCUUUGAAGAGGCUGAAACGCACCUGGUGUUUCCUAAUUCGGCAUCUGUGGACCAGUUGAGGCGGGUGCGAGAGUCCAUCGCAGCAGAGAGGGAGCAGAGGUUGGGGGCAGGUCGGCGCGUGAGUGCCGCUGGCCCUGCUGGCCCUGGCAGUUGUCCUACCUCGAUCUUCCCCGCGAUUCCUACCUCGGCACAAGCACCAGCACGCCAGCCACCUGCACAGGCCCCUGCACAACACCAACAGUCUUUGGUGAGCAGCAUGGCCUUGCUGAGGACUCUGCAAUCGAACUCCCAGCAUGUGAUGGUGUACGAGGAUAAGGCCCUGCAGCGGAGAGCUCAGAGCUGCAUGCCGAGGGAACAGCUACACAGCAGAGCGCGAGAACGACUGCGGCAAGCCAGGGAAGCGGAUCCGGGGUGUAGCUUUGCUGAGGAGGACAUGUUGGUGCUGGAGCUGUUGCAGUGGUUUAAAGGCGACUUCUUCUCCUGGGUGGACAGCCUGCCGUGCAGCCGCUGUGGGGGUCGCACUCAGUCUUCAGGCUCCCUGCCGCCGUCCGCGGACGACCAACGGUGGGAAGCCAGCCGCGUCGAGAACCACUACUGCAGCACCUGCUGCCUUGUCACCAGGUUCCCAAGGUAUAAUAAUCCUGAAAAAUUGCUGGAGACCAGGAGGGGGCGCUGUGGAGAGUGGGCCAACUGUUUCACGCUGUGCUGCAGAGCGAUGGGGCUGGAGGCAAGGUAUAUCUGGGACUACACAGACCAUGUGUGGACAGAGGUGUACUCUGACUCUCAGCAUCGCUGGCUGCACUGUGACCCCUGCGAAAAUGCCUGCGAUAAGCCCCUGCUGUAUGAGGUCGGCUGGGGCAAGAAGCUUUCCUAUAUCCUUGCAUUCUCCAAAGAUCAGGUGGUGGACGUAACAUGGAGGUACUCCUGCAAGCAUGAGGAGGUCCUUUCCAGACGUAAACAGGCUGAUGAGACAUGGCUGCUACAUGCAAUCAAUGAGCUUAACAAUUUGCGACAACAAUCUCUGACAGCUGAGAGGAAGCGUGAGUUGCUGGAGAGGCUACUGGUGGAGCUGGUGGAGUUCAUCUCCCCCAAGAGCCCCAAGCCAGGGGAGAUGGGAGGCCGUAUCUCAGGGUCUCUCGGCUGGAGGGCUGCCCGCGGAGAGACCAGUCCUACUACGGGGUCCAAAGGGAAAACUGCGGAAUUCGUGUUUAUCCCCACCGAGUCUGAGAAGCGUGCUAAGUUGUUCCACCUACAGUAUAAUGUGACCAAGGACUGCUACUGCAGAGUGCUCAGUGGCCAAGAGAAGAUCCCUGGCUGGGAGACAGGAGUGUGGAAGAGAGAGUCUGUGUUUAGGAAAGAAGAGCACGACUGGCAGAUGGUGUACCUGGCGCGGACAGAGGGCUCUCCCUCAGGCAGGGUGUGCUGGAGGGUUGCCUGUGUGCCUGUGGGGAUGAGGAUCAAGGCAGUCUCCAUCCGAGCCGUCAGUCAGACUUUCCAUUCUGGCUCAGUACGCUGGAGUGUACGCUCUGCUCAGACCACCAUUGAGUUCCCUGGAGAUGGAGAAAUGCACUCUCUGGCUGGCCUGUCCGGAUCUGCAGAGCUGGUGGUGGAAGCUGAGCUUAGCGGAGGGGAUGGUGAGGGGGCGUGGCAACAUGCUCAGCUGUUCAGGCAGAGCGUGAAGGAAUCGGAGACCUCCUCAUUAGAGAUCCUCGUAGAAAUGGAGGACGCCUGAUGGGAAAUCCGUGCCCUCCCCUUCCCACCGCAUCUUUUUAAUGACAAAGAACAUGUUCUGUAAAGUCAGUUCAUGGGUGGAAAAGAGGAUGCUCUAUGCAUUUUAUGUAAAAGACCCUGAAUUAAAGUUAUAGGAGAAAGUUAGGUUAUCCUAAUGGGAUCAAAGUGGACUUUGCGAUGCCUUGCUGUCUGGUUAUUUUACUUUGUCAAAUGUGCAAGAGCCUGCAAAAGGUACCAGAGAGGGACUGACGAGAAGAGUUGGGCUGGUACAUAUGGGUAAAUAUCAGGUAAAACUUGUACAUGAUUCCAAACAAUUUAUGACCUGAAACUAGUUUUUGAAUGUAGAACUUUGAGCCUAAAUCAACUUUUAAUGCUUUAAUCUGCAUGCAUUGUAACUUUUCAUACUGAUGAGAGCUGCGAUUCUAGAAUGAAAGGUAAAUGUUUUAUUAUUGUGUAUCAGUGACUUGGCAGGAGAUUGGUUCAUUUUAAUAUGGAGGAGAAUUAAGAAUCCCUACAGGUUUAACUUGUCUACAUUCUCAUGCCACUGUCUGUUCUAUGUUAAAUCAUCACUUUUAGAGAAAAAAAUGCAGACACCUAUCUGUAUGUUUAGUUGCAGCUAUAGAAUAGCCUUCGUUUAUUGUUAUUGGUUCGUUAAAUUAAUGUUUUACAGUUUAAGCAUAUUAAAAAUGAUGUUAUUUACCACUUAACCUAA